AGCUUCGGCCGACCGGCGGCUCCCCCACCCUUUCUCGCCGGCAGACACGUAUAUAUAGGAGUGCAAACACUUGACGCCUUGUGUAAGCGGCCACACACAACCUCCGCCCUCCACCGCCAUUCACCACGAACAUCCUCCUCUGCCUCUUCUGCUUCCUCUGCCCUGCGCGCCCCGCCGCACACAUGGCUGCCUGCGUCGACAAGUGGCACCCCACGCACGCCGGCCGCCUCUCCAGCGCCAUCUACCGCUAUUUGCCGGACCGCGCCACCACCGCGGACCGUGCGAUGCCCGCCGCCGCACCGGCGCCCGCGAGCGCCGGCAGCUGCUGCGUCCGCGGCAGCGGCGACGACGUCUGGGACGAGCUGCGCGCCGAGGCGCAGGCCGACGCGGACGCCGAGCCGGUCCUCCGCAAGUUCUACGGCGACCUCGUCCUGUCGCGCCCGUCGCUGGAGGCCGCCCUCGCCGCGCACCUCUCCGCCAAGCUCUGCGUACCCGGCGCGCUGCCGCAGGACGCGCUCCGGGACCUCCUCGCCGGGGCGCUGGCGGCGCACCCGGAGGCCGGCCGCGCCGCGCGCGCCGACCUCCUGGCCGCGCGCGACCGCGACCCCGCCUGCGGCCGGAUGGUGCACUGCUUCCUCUACUACAAGGGCUUCCUCGCCCUGCAGGCGCACCGCGCCGCGCACGCGCUCUGGGCCGACGGCCGCGCCGCCGCGGCGCUCCUCCUCCAGAGCCGCGCCUCCGAGGUGUUCGGCGUGGACAUCCACCCCGGCGCGCGCAUUGGCUGCGGCAUCCUGUUCGACCACGCCACGGGCGUCGUCAUCGGCGAGACCGCCAUCGUCGGCAACGACGUGUCCAUCCUGCACGGAGUCACCCUCGGCGGCACCGGGAAGGAGUCCGGCGACCGGCACCCCAAGGUCGGGGACGGGGUGCUGAUCGGCGCCGGCGCCAGCGUGCUCGGCAAUGUGCACAUUGGAGCCGGGGCCAAGAUCGGAGCGGGCGCGGUCGUGCUCCGCGACGUGCCGGAGGGAACCACGGCCGUCGGGAACCCCGCGAAGGCGAUCGGGAAGAAGGCGGCGCCGCAGCGGCGGCCGGAGGAGCAGCCCGGGGUCACCAUGAGGCAGGGGUGGUCGGAUUACGUGAUUUGAGAGAUCUUAGAGGGGUCUGAGUGCAAAUAUUAGUGCAGGAGAGUUUCCCUCCAAAAAGAUAUCUGUGGUUCAUGGCCACUGCUAUUCUGCUAUAGCCUACACUAGAGAGCGAGCGAGCGAGCGAGCUGCGGUGCAUAAGAGGGAGCUCAAUUAGGAGUUGAGCCCUAGUGCAAAUCCAUAUUUUUUAUGUUCUUUUUUCCUUUGUCUGUUUUUGGAAGGAAUAACAAGAAAUGCAUCUGAUAAGUGUUAUCGGUUGCUUGUAAAUA